AUUGUUCCGAAUCCGAAUCGGACAAUUUGGGUCACAGCCGGGCCCGGCAACUAAACCCACGCUGAACGGUGCGCAAUGCGCACCCUUUACCUCUCUAACUAACCCUAGUUAAGGCCUCCCAGACUCUAUAUAACCAAUACCCGAGCUACGCGCUGUCUGCUCAAUUCUCAUCCAAAUCGGCCCUUCUCGAAAAAAAAUUCUCUGUUAGGUUUUUUUUUUUAUCAUAACAAUGGCUUCCGCCGAUCUUGAGUACCGCUGCUUCGUCGGUGGCCUGGCCUGGGCUACCACCGACGAGGCUCUCCAAGAAGCCUUCAGUCACUACGGCGAGGUCCUCGAAUCGAAGGUCAUCAACGAUCGGGAGACAGGGAGAUCUCGUGGAUUCGGAUUCGUGACCUUCAGGGACCAGCAGGCGAUGAAGGAGGCGAUCGAAGGGAUGAACGGCCAGAAUCUCGAUGGUCGUAACAUCACCGUCAACGAGGCACAGUCUCGCUCCGGUACCGGCGGUGGCGGAUACAGGAGUGGUGGUCCUCGCAGAGACGGCGGUGGCGGUGGAUAUGGCGGUGGAGGUGGAUACAACCGUGGAUACGGAGGAGGCGAUCGCGGCGACGGUGGCUAUGGAGGCGGUGGUUACGGCGGUGGCCGGGACCGCGGUUACGGCGGCGGCGGCGGCGAUGGUGGAUCUCGCUACUCGUCGAGGGGCGGUGGUGGCUCCGAUGGAAACUGGAGGAGUUAAAGGUGGGAGGAUUAGGUUUGGUCCAUGGAAUGGAAUCGUCUUCUUCAAUUUCGUUGUUAGAUUUGCGGUUACUUUGCUUGUCCAGGUUCUGUGUCUUGUUCGCUGUGGGUUACUGUUCUGGUUCUGGGUUACUGUUCGCGUUCGGGUUCGGGUUCGGGUUCGGGUUCGGGUUACGGACGCGCCAUGGAUUUGUUGUGUUGUGAGUCUGGAAAAUGAAUGAAUGGAAAUCGAGUACUUAUCUUCAUUUU